ACAUCCUUUCUGGAGGGUUACUGACUUCCGAUAUUUCAAUAGCUUGCUUCCAAUAAAUUCACAGAAAAUACAGCUACGUUUGUACAGAGAGUGGGGUAAUGUCAAAUAGAACUUUUUAGCAGAAAUGUCUGCAUGUUUGCUUGGAAAAUUACUCACUGAACCGCAAUGUCGGGCGACUGAAAAGCUUUUAGAAUGAAUGAGCAACGCUAAGCUUCUGUCAGCUCAAGAUGAAACUUUGGACAACGAACAAAAUUUCAUUCGAUGUGAAGAUAAUGUGUGAACGUUCUCCGUUCAACCAGGAAGCACAGCGACUCGGGCACGAAAGUUAGCUGGUCAAUGGACACGCUUACUUGCAUUCGGAGCAAGAACUUGCGUUGUUGUUUUGCGACUGCGAAUAGAUGCACAUACAGAACAUCUCGCCAGUUUCAUUUUCCAUACACGUUUGGUGAUAAUUUUCUUGAAGCGUUUAGGCAUGUUAAUAUGCGGGUUCCCGUUGUGCUCUAAUUUGUAGAUAGUGCAAAUUGUUGUUGCGCAAAUGUUUGCAUUGUUACGGUAGUUACGCUGAGUGCGAAUUCAGAUUGAAGGUCACCAGUUAUUUCGACCGACAUUGUGUGUCUGGAAUGUUUCAUUACGAAAUAACUUGCUGUGAUUUUUGACGAUAUUUCUGGACUUUAUGGUGACCCUCUUUGCGCUCGCCUGGCCUACGAGUUGAUAUGCCUGGUGCUGGUCCAUGGGUGUGAGUCGACUGGACGUAUUUUACAGAAGGCUACUCCUCAGCAAACUCUUCAUUGGGGGUUGGGGAAAGCCUGAAGACCUCAAGAGAAUUUUUGAGUUCCGUAAGAUUAUAGGAGACAGAGAGAGGUGUAAGUCUCUGGUGCCCAAGGACUAUCCGGUAUAUAUAAACAAGACCGAGGUGCAUGCUGAUUGCUACAUCCAUGACGGUGUCUUUGUUUCACCUCUGGAGCACUUAGUACCCGGAAUCCUGCCAACAGAGGCUGUGAAAGCAAGGUUCCAGUUUAUAGUUCCGAAAAGAUGGCAGAGCAACAGGCCAGUAUGUAUUCAUUUGGCUGGCACUGGAGAUCAUUUUUUCUGGCGCCGAAGGACCCUGAUGGCCAGGCCGAUGGUCAAAGAAGCGGGAAUGGCUUCUCUGCUUUUGGAGAACCCUUAUUAUGGCUAUCGUAAACCAAAAGACCAGUUGCGGUCCUGUCUCAAGAAUGUGUCAGACCUGUUUGUGAUGGGUGGAGCUCUUAUCUUGGAGUCCUCCGUGCUUCUCCAUUGGCUGGAGAGUGAGGGCUACUCGCCUGUUGGAAUGACCGGUAUCUCCAUGGGAGGAUAUAUGUCCUCCUUAGCAGUGACGAAUUGGCCGAAGCCUAUCCCGCUGAUUCCUUGCCUGUCAUGGUCCACUGCCUCGAGUGUCUUCACCACGGGGGUGCUCAGUAAAGCAGUGAAUUGGUCAGAACUGGAGAAGCAAUAUGCCAUUAAUUCGGUGUAUGAAGAAGAGAUCAUGAAGCUGUUGGAGUAUUGUGGGGCCGACUCCUUCAAGAUGGCUCAGGAGUUUGUCAAACACUCGGCAGGUCGAGAGAAUUCCUUCGAGCUUCUGCUGGACCAGCCGAGAGAAGAUGGCGUCUCAGUGGGCUGCUACUCCAGAGCAGGAGGAAAGGCGGAAAUUGGGCCUGACCUGUGGAUCGGCAAGGGCGUGGCUCACACGUUGGACACAUCAUUAUCAGUGGACAGCACCAAGACAAGUUCAGACACUUUACCUAGUGGCUUCAAAGCAACCAAAUCACAGAUUGUGAAGAAGAAGGCAGAUUCAGCCAAAAUUUGUCGGCCAUCGUUACACGGCGAGUCGAUAAGCUUCAUGAAGGGAGUGAUGGACGAGUGUACACACAUGGCAAACUUCUCUGUCCCCGUUGACACCAGUCUUAUCAUCGUGGUGCAGGCCAAAGAGGACGCCUAUAUCCCUCGGACAGGGGUCCUCAGUCUGCAGGAGAUCUGGCCUGGAUGCGAAGUCCGUUAUCUGAAUGGAGGACAUAUCAGUGCUUAUCUGUUCAAACAGAAUGUCUUCAGACAAGCCAUCUAUGAUGCAUUCAACAGAUUCUGCCUGAAGUAUCCCCACCUUGUGUAGCUAUGGCAACCCAAGAGGCCCUUAGCACUUGCACUCUGUGUGUGUGUGUGUGUGUGUGUGUGUGUGUGUGUGUGUGUGUGUGUGUGUGUGUGUGUGUGUGUGUGUGUGUGUGUGUGUGUGUGUGUGUGUGUGUGUGUGUGUGUGUGUGUGUGUGUGUGUGUGUGUGUGUGUGUGUGUGUGUGUGUGUGUGUGUGUGUGUGUGUGUGUGUGUGCAAAUUCACUAACGAGGAAAACCCAGCGCUCUCACACACAUGCUUACAGCCUCAGACUGUGUGUGUUCGUGUGUGUGUGUGUGUGUGUGUGUGUGUGUGUGUGCGUGCGUGCGCGUGUUUGCGCGCGUGUUUGCGUGCGCGCGUUUGCGUGCGCGCGUUUUGUCCAGUACACAAUACAGUUCUUCCAUACCGUCCACUUGCAACUCUCAGCCUGUCGAGAGAAAUGCAAUUGUUCAGCUUCAAAAUUAUGUUGUUUUUUUUAUGUUAAGUGAUUGUGAUAAUUAUUUGUGGUUUCCCUCAAACACACAUUUUGCCAGCUGAAACUAAUUGCCGUUGCAGUUGUUUUAAAAUGUUUUAUUCAUAAUAUUAUACUGCAUCGUGUUUCUUUUUCA